AUGGCCUUUGCUGGCGUAUCUCUCAUUGUUGACGGCAAGCUGUGCGUCUCCACCAAGUCGGUCAUCAACUCCGGAGCAGAUACCGGGUACCACUUGCUGGUUGUCGAAGGUUACUUGCGCACCAGAGAGACUACUCCCAACGGCGAGUCCAUCGAGUCUCGUCCUUUCAUUGUUGGAGGCCGUCGUUGGAUCAUUGGCUACUCACCUAAUGGCGAUUCCUCGGAUAAUGAAGAAUUUAUAUCGCUUGAGCUUGCCCUUGAGGACGAUAUCGAGCAGGGCGUUGAGUUUCAGUAUGUCUUCAGUUUCAUUGACCAGCCCGAGUUGCGGGUGCCAAAGCACAUCCGCCAAAGCCAACCAGUUUACUUGGACGUGGAUGAAUUUUUGUAUACCCAGUCUGAAUUCAUGAAUAGGGAGGUUUUUGAAAGAUCAAGGCAUCUCAAGGACGACAGCUUCGUCAUCCGCCAUCUUGGCGAUCUCCUCCUGAGCAAGGAGGGUGCUGAUGUCACGUUUGAGGUUGACGGCAAGGCGUUCGCUGCGCACCGGUGGAUGCUUGCAGCCCGAUCCACCGUAUUCAAGGAACAGCUCUUUGACGCCAUGAAUGUGGGCGCUGCUACAUCAAGUGUUGUCAAGGUAGUCGACAUCAAAGCAAAUGUGUUCCAGUGCUUGCUUACCUUCAUCUACACUGAUGGAAUACCCAAAUUCGAGAUUGAGGACACAGAAGAGAAUGACACGGAAGAAGACUGGCUGCUGCAGCUCCUUGAAGCUGCAGACAGAUAUGGUCUCCAAAGGCUCAAGUCAAUCUGUGAAGAGAAGUUGACCGAAUUGAUUUGUAAGGACACGGUGGCAGACAUCAUUGUCGUGGCUGAGCGGAACCGGUGCCUCUGGUUGAAGCAUUCUUGCUUGGAGUUCGUCAAAACUAGCACAAAUUUGCACACUGUUUUCACGGCUGAUGGGCUGGAGCAAAUAAUCAGGACGUGCAGACCCUCCGUUCUCAAGGAGCUUCUCUCCAAGUUUGCUUCCUGAAUCGCUUGAGUUCUAUAGACCUAUGGUUCAUGAUUCCUCUAUAUAAGGUCA